UUUGAGCCAGAUGCUCUGUUACUCAUGGCUGGAGGAGAUUCUGAAGGGCCACCCAGAGAGGAAGUGGCCCAGAGGCUGUCGCUUCUUCUCCUCUAUUACAUUAUUCACCGGGAAGAAGUCUGCUCCUCCAAACUCAACAUGAGUCACGAAGGAUAUGACUUUUACUUGCGUGGCCUUCUUAGGCUCCGGCAGGAUGAAGACCCUUCCUUCCUGUCUCAGAAUGAAACCGAAGAUAUCCUGGCCCUCACCUGGAAGUACUUUGAACCUUCAAGAAACCAGUGUAUGGAAACCAGAACAUUGCUGGAACAGUCUGGAAUCCUGAACAGUAAUGGUGCCGACGAAAAUACCCUUCCCCAGCUGGCUGCCACUGUGAUUGCUUUAUCCCUCCAAGGGGUUUGUCUGGGACAAAGACACUUGCCUUCCCCAGACUAUUUCACAGAAUACAUUUUCACUUCCUUGAAUAGUACAAAUACUCUCCACCUCUCCCAACUAGAACUACUCCUCAAUACUCUCUGGGCCCAAAAUACCUGUGUCAGAAAGGAUAGUAGUCACCGGCUUCAAAGAAAAGAGAACAAUGUAGGAGUUCCUGCUUGGGAUUCCCCUAAUCGUCCUACUUCCUGGAACCAAGAGGCAGAGGAUGGUCCAGAUUCCUGGGAUCAGACUUGCUUCUCUGCCCGGCAGCUGGUGGAGAUCUACCUACAAAGCAGCCUUGCGCCCAUUUCUAAGGAAGACUUUAAGCAAAUGAGUCCAGGGAUCAUCCAGCAACUGCUCAGCUGCUCUUGCCAGCGGCCUCGGAUUACUCCACAAGCAAAGCUGCCACCCACGGUUCUUGAGAAGUACGGCUACAGCACAGUGGCCGUGGCCCUGCUCACGCUGGGCUCCAUGCUGGGGACCACGCUGAUCCUUUUCCGUGGCUGCGAGAACUACCCGCUGAUUUUACAGCUGUUUGUGGGCCUCGCCGUGGGGACACUGUCUGGGGAUGCUCUCCUCCACCUGAUCCCUCAGAUUCUUGGCUCAUACAAGCAUGAGUUCUCAGACUUUGAACAUCUCCAUGAAAGCAAGGACCAUAUUUGGAAAUUGUUGGGCUUGAUUGGAGGAAUUCAUGGAUUUUUUGUAAUAGAAAAAUGUUUUAUUCUUUUUGUAUCACCAAGUACUGAGGAUCUGUCACUGGUUCAUGGGCAUGGAGGACAGUCCCAACAUCUUGCUCUCAACUCUGAAUUAAGUGACUCAUCAGGCAGAGGCAAAUCGACUUCAACGAUCCAGUUGAAAGGCCCAGAAGAUUCACAGGCAGCUGAAAUUCCUCCAGGCAGUAUGACAUCUCCUAGCAGAAAACGCAAGAGCAUGAGCCUGCUGGCAAUAAUGAUUCUCGUUGGGGAUAGCUUGCAUAACUUUGCUGAUGGCUUAGUGAUUGGGGCAGCCUUCUCAUCUUCAUCAGAGUCGGGUGUGACGACAACCAUUGCUAUCUUGUGCCACGAGAUCCCACAUGAAAUGGGAGACUUUGCUGUGCUCUUAAGCUCCGGUCUUCCCACAAAGCUGGCCAUCCUGAUGAAUCUCGUUAGUGCUCUGACAGCCUUUGUUGGUCUCUACAUUGGCCUUUCAGUAUCCACAGAUCCUUGUGUUCAAAACUGGAUCCUAACAGUUACUGCUGGGAUGUUCCUAUAUUUAUCUUUGGUGGAAAUGCUUCCUGCAAUGACUCAUGUUCAAACACAGCGACCCUGGUUGAUGUUUCUCCUGCAGAACUUUGGAUUGUUUGUAGGUUGGCUUUCUCUCUUACUCUUGGCUAUAUAUGAACAAAAUAUUGCAAUAUGAACUUCAAAACCCUUAAAAAUAAAUGUAUGUAGCCUCAUUUUGUUUCUUUCACUACAUUCUAUGGAGAUUUGCACAUUUGGUUUUUAUAUUGGGCAAGAGAUGUGUCUUCUAUUUCAUUAACUUAUUAAUUUUAUAAUCCAUUUUUUGUUUGUGUAAUGUUGUCUUUCAUUAAAA